AUAAUAACAGCACACUAUAGUGUCGUUUCGGUAUGGAAGGUAUCGUCCUCAGGCGACGGUCUGUACUGAGUCUUAAAAACAGUCCAAAAUGAUAAUGGAAUGCUGAUUGUUCAAAAAGUUGGAAUUCCUUGCCCAAUUUUGACGCGAUUCUUUCUUCAUUUAGUUCUACGCGCCGCCCUGUCACUGGCACGCGCCGCCAUCUUCCAUUUGUGCCCUUUUCCCUUUCUUUCCCUUCUUUUUUAUCUUCUUUCUGUCUACUUUCUCUAUUUUUCUUUUCUCGUUAUUUAUACUAUCUUAUUUUUCAUUUCUCUCUCUAAUCACCAUCCCUGCCAACUCCACCGAUACCACCAUAACCAGCAGCAGUAGCACCACUUCUCCCUGAUCACCAUCUCUCUCUGGUUUCUGAAUUUGUCUAAGAUCUGAAACUUUAGAGGAGGGAACGCAGCAAUAAUUUAUGAAUCCACAGCUUCUGAUGAUUACAAGAUGGGCGGAGUCACCUCGUCAAUCGCUGCAAAGUUCGCUUUCUUCCCGCCAAAUCCUCCCUCAUACACUGUCAUAGCAGACGAGUCCACCCCCGGCAGGCUAGUAAUUCCAGAGGUCCCGAGGACAGAUGAGGUGGAUGUUCUGAAACUCCGGACUCGACGGGGAAACGAAAUCGUGGCCGUUCAUAUAAAGCAUCCCAGAGCAUCAGCAACUCUGCUAUAUUCGCAUGGAAAUGCUGCUGAUUUGGGACAGAUGUUUGAGCUUUUCGUCGAAUUGAGUAAACGCCUUCGCAUUAAUCUCAUGGGAUAUGAUUACUCUGGCUAUGGACAAUCAAGUGGAAAGCCAACUGAAUGUAAUACAUACGCGGAUAUAGAUGCUGCAUAUAUUUGCCUCAGAGAACAGUAUGGGGUGAAAGAUGAACAAUUGAUACUGUAUGGUCAGUCUGUUGGUAGUGGACCUACAGUUGAUCUUGCUUCACAGUUACCAAACUUGAGAGGUGUGGUUCUACAUAGCCCAAUUUUGUCAGGAAUGAGGGUAUUAUACCCAGUCAAGAGGACAUACUGGUUUGACAUUUACAAGAACAUUGACAAAAUUGGAAUGGUGAACUGUCCUGUUCUGGUAAUUCAUGGAACAGCAGAUGAAGUUGUUGACUGCUCCCAUGGAAAACAGCUUUGGGAGCUUUGCAAGGAGAGGUAUGAACCAUUAUGGAUAAGUGGGGGCGGACAUUGCAAUCUUGAGCUAUAUCCAGAGUUCCUCAGACAUCUGAAGAAGUUUGUGUUAACCGUAGGCAAAACUAAAACAGCUACAAAUGGUUCUAAGAAAACAACAGUGGAGUUGGAAAAUCAGAACAAACCAUCUGAGAGUGGAACAUCAGAUACUUUUGAAUUGGGUGCUGACCUUCCAGAAAUCUCUAGAAAUAGUUUAGAUAGUAGACUUGAAAAGUCCAAGAAACCAAAUAAACCUGAGAAGUCUCGGAUGAGCACUGACCGUGUUGAUAGAUUUAGGAGAAGUAAAGGCUUGGUCUGGUAAUUGCUUAUACGAGGAGCUUCUUCAAUAAAAUCUGUGCCUGGGUCCAAUUGAGGAGGUAAUUUAUUUUUCACUCUUGCUUUUGUAACAUGCGUCAAGUUUCCUACAAAUUAUCAAGUCUCAGUGUAAUUUUUUUACAUAAAUGUCAUAUUUGUAUGUAUGUAUCUUUAGAAAAUGAGUCAAAUUAAGCUAAAUCUUGCAUUUUAACUCUCCUGUAAAAGAAGCUUCUUAUUUGAAGAUGAUAAUGUUGUAAUUUCACCAUUAUGUCUUAAAAAAUUCCUGGCUUUUAUUUUUCGUA